AUGAUUUUCUACAUGGUGAUCUUCAUGUGGAAGUUUAUAUGGUUUUACCUCAAGGUUUUACUUCUAAUCCAAGAACUGUUUGCAAGCUUCAGAAAUCACUUCUAUGGCUUGAAACAAGCUAGUCGACAAUGGUUUGUUCGUUGCAAGGAUGCUUCUUUCACUCUGCUUUUAGUCUAUGUCGAUGAUGUCAUUCUGGCAGGAAAUGAUACGGCUGAGAUCCAUCGAAUCAAAGUCUUUUUAGAUGCUAAGUUCAAAAUCAAGGAUCUGGGUCCUCUCAAAUAUUUUCUCGGGCUUGAGAUUGCUCGUUCCAAUGCUGGUUUAUCUGUUUGUCAGCGCAAGUUUGCUCUGGACAUUUUGUCUGAUUGUCGUGUUCUUGCUGCCCGACUAGUUUCUACUCCCAUGGAUCGUUCAACCAAGUUGUCUCAAGAUUCUGGUUCUUCUCUUGAAGAUCCCUCUGUUUACCGGCGUCUCGUGGGGCGUCUACUUUAUCUCACAACCACACGUCCUGAUCUUUCUUAUGCUGUUUCACAGCUCAGCCAGUUCAUUUCUGCUCCUCGUACUACACAUUUACAGGCUGCAUAUCGUGUUCUUGGGUAUCUCAAGAGUUGUCCUGGUCGUGGUUUAUUCUUUCAUGCUCAUUCUGAUUUUAAGCUUAAAGCCUUUUGUGACUCUGAUUGGGCUGGUUAUCCAGAUGCACGUCGUUCUAUAACAGGUUUUUGUGUUUACCUCGAUCAAGCUUUGAUUGCUUGGCGUUCCAAGAAGCAACACAUAGUCUCUCGUUCAUCCUCUGAAGCUGAGUACCGUGCUCUUGCAGCUGUCACUUGUGAAGUUCAGUGGCUCUUUUACUUACUCAUUGAUCUUUAA